AUGGCGACUUCAUCUCAAAAGUCUCGGGCUGCCGCAUCAUAUGCCACCCGUUUAGACCGGACUCUGAAAGCGCUACAAGACAGGGUGACGGAACAGGAAGCCUUACUAGAUGAGCUGCGAGCUUCCACAGCCUCCGUUGAUACAGAACGUUCUGCGGACCCGAGGUCCCAUUUACUGCAACUCCGUGCACUCACAGCUGUCUAUGAGACAUUGACACCACAAGAGCCAUGGCUUCCCGCAGCCGAAUCCCCACUACCUAGCCUCCUAGCCCUUCGCGCGACAAAUACCUGUAUCAAAGAGACGCAAGAAUGCAUAACCCAAACGGAAGGCGACUUGAAGGAGGCUCAGCAGCAGCUCGAGAAAGAAGAAGCUCAUUUCAGUGAUGCCAAGCUCAUCCAAGCUGACCUGGAAACCCGCAUUUCGUCAUUUCAAGAUGAUAUAGACAAGCGGACCCAAAAGUCCCGGAGCCAAGUGGUUAGGGAAAUGAUGCGUGAGAUGGAGGAAAAAACAACACAUUAUGGCCAGGAGACUGGGAAGCUUGUCACUAUAUUCAACGAAUUCAUAGACGACCAUCUCGCAGCAAUGUUAGCUGCUGAAGAGCUUGGAGGGCCAAUUGUAGGGGACAUAUUGGAUGUUGACGAGGAUAUGCUUGAAGCUGGUUUCAGCUCUCAAGGCAAAGCCAAAAGACUCAAGACCACGGGGAACCCAGAUAGGCGCCAGCGUCGGAUUGAUGAAAUUUGGGGUCCGAAGCCUUCAGAUAACGGAUUAUUCGUUUCCGAGGAACCGUGGGAUGAGAAACGGGCAGCGACAGCAGAAAUGCGAGAGCUGAUUGAGCAGCUUCUUAAUAGCCUGGUUGAAGCUGGAGGAACAGGCCCUGGCGCUUAUGUUGAACUCCAAAGAGAGUCUGCGGCCGCAAGAUUUCUCAUCAGAGCGAAGGUUGCACAGUUUCAUCCGAACGAUGCCAGACGGCUUCGCCUGGUUGAUUUUGGCGGGGAAUUGGAAGAUUGA